GGCCCGGCCCGACCUGGCCCGCAAAAGCCUGGCUCGGCCAGAUAUUUUUAGGCCCGUAAUUAUAGCGUGCCAGGCCAGGUCAAGACCGGGCCGGAUCAGGCCUUAUAAAAACACCUACAAACUCCGAAAAACUGUUAAUCUGA